AGCAGUCAGUAUGAACGCCAUAAGCAUUAUGCGCGUAGCUAAUGCCUAGAAACGCUGUCCCUUAGGGCAACUGGAAGAUAACUCGGAUUUUGAUAAUAAUUCCUUGAAUAAUGUCGAUGUUUUCUUGGGGAGCAGGAUCCCGUAAAGGGUUGCGUAGGUCUGAUGUCGUAGUAGAUUCAAACUCUGGAGUACACUUUGUGCGUCCGAAAUCCAAAAUUCAGGACAUUUCGGUUGGAAGAAGGAUUGCUGCAUUUUUACGCGGUGAUGGAAACGUUGACUAUCUCUGGAGUGUGGAGAGUUCGGACGGAAAAGCAAAACCUGGAAAACUAAAUUCCCUCAACUUGAAAGAGAAGAUUGAGGAGAUACGCUGUGGGGAUGCACAUGUUGUCCUCAUUUCCCAUGGGGGGAAGGUUUUUCUUAUGGAUACAACUCAGAUCCCAAGGUGUAUGAAAGGGCUCAAUAGUGAACACAUCACUCAGGUUGCAUGUGGGGACCAGCAUUCGAUUGCUCUUUCACAGGGUGGGCAGUUAUUCACGUGGGGCCAGAACUCCAAUGGUCAGCUGGGUCUGGGGAAGGGGGAGCCCAGCACCAUGUCCCCCCAACCCCUUAAGUCUCUGGCGGGGAUCCCCCUGUCUCAGAUCAGUGCUGGAGGGGACCACAGCUUUGUCCUGUCCCUCUCAGGGGCUGUGUUUGGCUGGGGCAAGAACAGUGCUGGGCAGCUGGGCCUAGGAGACCUUUCAGAUCGUCCAGAACCUGUUGAUGUGAGUUGCUUAAGUCUCAAGAAGACCAUCUUUAUUUCAUGUGGAACGGAGCACACUGCCAUUCUUGUAAAGGAUGGAGUAGUGUUUACAUGUGGAUCAGGACGUUAUGGCCAGCUGGGGCACAACUCCUUCAGAGAUGAACUGCGACCACGACUGGUGGCUGAACUCUGGGGCUCAAAGGUGUCUCAGAUUGCCUGUGGAAAGCACCACACACUGGCGCUGGUAGGAUCCUCAAAGAUUUACUCAUUUGGACGUGGUGACCAGGGGCAGCUUGGAAAUGGACAGAUAGUCAAUCAGUGUGUUCCUCUCUCUACUUGUGCACUUAUCACAAGCGUGGAGCAGAGAGUAACAAAACUUGUUGCUGGAGGGAAUCUCUCAUUUGCUUUAUUUGAUUCUACUCAGGAAUGCCAGAAAGGCCCAGCCAAGCACAAACCCACCAUAAAAAAGAGAGAAGCACUAGAUGAGAAAAAGAUUGACAAGUGGAUCUCCGGCUGUAAUUCCUCCUGGAAAAGAAUCCAGAGUGAGAUAACAGCAAUAUUUUCAUCUGCUUCAAGCAUCAAUGGAAGCUUCCUUGAGACAGGCUGUGAUGAACAUUACAAAACAUCAGCUGGGUACUCCGGCCUGGAUUUGUCUCUGGCUCGCAUUGCUUUUGAGAAGCUCUCCACGACGAAAAAGGAGAGGAGAGUCAUGAUGAAGGUCAGUCAAGUUGUUGAGCAGCAUCUGCUCCCGUCCCUGAGCCCCAGCCCUGCUGGAGUGGAGGGCCUCAGAGUUUACCUCAUCCUGCCAGAGCUGCUCAGGGUGCUGCUCAAACAGCACAGGGGGACAGACCUCGCCGUCUUAUUGGCCGAGGCCAUUCUCAGGCUGCAUCCUGAUUCGCUAAAAGCCCUGGGGAUGCUUUGGUCCAGCCUGUCUGGCUCUUUCAUUGGAGCAUUUGUUACAACAUUCCGCUCAGUGUGCGAAACAUUACUUGUUGGAAUCCCCAAAAGACUCUUUGGUCCUGAGGCUUUGCAGAAAGUGGUGGAAGUCCUGCAGAGGGUGUAUGAGGCUACACACAGAAGACAAGUUCCAGAAAACAUGUUCCAGAUCAAAAAUAUCAUUGCUCAAACAACUUUAAAGAUGUUGGAAUCAUGUCCCUGCAUCUUUGACCUGGAGGCCAAAUAUGCCGUUUUUAAAGGCACCGCUGAAAAGAUGAAAGCAUCUGGCUUCUCCAACUUUUGGUUACCAGCCGAAUUUGAGCUAACAGUGAGGCGAACUGAACUUCUGGAGAGUGUCCUCAGUCAGCUUCGCUCCGCAGAUCACCAUCAAUUCAGGAUGCCACUAAAGGUUAAAUUCGAGGAGGAAGAUGGUGUGGAUAUUGGUGGCGUGUCCCGUGCCUUCUUUAAACUCAUUACAAACGCAUUUUCUACUGAGGGAAGCAAGACGUUGGAAAUCUACGAUGACUCCCAGUGUGUCUGGUUCAGACCAGAUCGUACGAUUUGCACAGGCACCAGUGAAUCCCUUUACCUGGGCAUGAUCUUUGGGAUGGCACUGUAUAAUCUCUGCACAGUCGACUCCACCUUUCCGCAAGCACUUUUUAAGAAACUGCUUGGUCUGAAACCAACUUUGGAAGAUCUGGAGGAACUGUCACCAUGCCAAGCCAGGGGAUUGAAACAACUGCUGGAUGAAGAUGAAGAUGUUAUUGAUGAUCUGUAUUUGGAUUUCACUGUGAAGGGUCAUGACCUGAUUCAAGAUGGAGGGAAUGUCUUAGUUUCCAAAGCAAAUAGGAAAAGAUAUGUUGACUUGUACGUGGACUAUGUGCUCAACACAUCUGUCACUCGACAAUUUGAAGACUUUUCCAAGGGCUUUGACCUGGGCUGCCCAUGCAGGACAUGGACAAUGUUCCGUCCUGAUGAGCUGAUGAACGCUCUCUGUGGAGAGGUGGACUACCAGUGGGAGGAGCUACAGAAGAACGCAAUAUACAUCUGUACCCCCACUGACAAAACAGUUAAGGAUUUCUGGAAAGUUUUCUUUGAGUAUUCUGACGAAAACAAGAAGAAGUUUUUAUCCUUUGUUCAGGGAACAGACCGAUUACCAGUAGGAGGCCUUGCCAAACUCCGUCUGGCUGUCUCUAAGCUGAACGUGACCAACGCUGAUGAACGCUAUCCACAGGCCAGCACAUGUUACAUAUCCCUGGCACUUCCAAAUUACAGCACCAUUCACACACUGCGCAAGAAUCUAACCCAUGCUAUUAAUCAUUGCGAAGAGUUUGGUUGUAGCUAAAUGGACAUGGUUCUUAAAGAUGCAAUAUGUAGUUUUGUGAAAAAGUCAUCCUGUUAUUCCCAAUAUCCAUAAUUUAUUCAGUGCAUAUUUGUUUGUUCUAUCUAAUGUUCAUUUAUUUGAUCCUAAAAUAAAUACAUGCUUAAUGAAACAGGGGAAUAUCAUAUCACAUUAGAAUUACAUUACAUUAGAUUUUAAGUGGGCAACCAGU